AUGAAGGAGUUUCCUUCGUGUUUCGGUGAGAGUGGUGUGCAGAUUGCUAAUAAUCCUUUAUAUGCAUCAAGCUCAAGUUCAACCAAACCAUCUCCUCACGAAAACCUCGUCACAUGUAUCUAUAAUUACACUUCUCAACGCUUUUCGGGUUUCAUCACGAUCACAUGGAUCAAGCAUGUAAUGGCAUAUGGACUAAGCAUCUGCAUUAUAGACAGCAGCUCGUCAAACGAGCCUCCUCUCUGCAAAAUCGACAUCAAGCCGUGGCUUUUUUCCAAGAAAAAAGGCGCUCGGAAUUUGACGGUCAACUCCACAAGAGUCAACAUCCAUUGGGAUUUAUCCUCCGCCAAGUUCGGUUCAUCAAGCCCCGAGCCACUCGAAGGAUACUAUCUAAAAAUAGCCUUGAAUCAAGAACUUUGUGUGCUUUUAGGAGAUUCUUCGCUGAAUGAAGCCUGCAGAAAGACCGAAAUACCCCUACCCAUCCCAAAGGCGAAUUUUGUCGCCAAAAGGGAGCAUGUGUUCGGGAAGAGGCUAUACACUACUUCAAAGGCUCAAAUUUGCGAAAAUGGGAAGAUGCACGAUAUACGGGUCGAAUAUGACCCGAGUGAAGAUCUCGGUAAGUGUUUAGUGAUAUACAUAGAUCGAAAGGCAGUGUUGAAGGUGAGUCAACUCGUGUGGAAAUUUAGGGGUAAUCGGAGUAUUUUUGUCGAUGGGAUUUCGGUUGAAGUUUAUUGGGAUGUUUUUAACUGGCUUUUCGGUAGAGGUGCCGAUUGUAAUGCGGUUUUCUUGUUUCGGAGUAAUAAUGUGUCGAGGGAAAAGGGGCGGAGUAAAGAUGGGAUGGAUUCACAAAAAGGCUUUGUGUGUGUGAGAAAAAAUUCAAGCUUACAGGUGAAAAAUCCGAAUCUCCACCUUAUUCUCCGAUGGCAACAUCCGCCUUUUCCGCCGCGACUUUCGCGCCCAAUCUCUCCACCCUGGGCUUCCGGGACAUGGCGGCCUCUGCCGCCUCCGCUGUCUUGCGCCGUCGAGACGAUGGCGACGCUGUCUUUACCGGAUCGGCCGCCGCCGGUGGCGGCGUUCAUCACCACGCGCCUGAUGCUGAAGGACGCGAUGGCCAGGCUGCGCGUGGGCGGGUACAGCGUGGGGGCCCUGUCGAUGCGGGUCAGGUACUUGGAGCUCUCGGAUCUCAGAUCCAUGACACUGUUCGCCGUCGACAACGAAUCCAUUUUCACCGACGACGGCGCCGGAGGUGGAGGGGGCCGCGGGUACCUGGCGGAGCUAGGGUUUCACAUCUUGCCCAACAAGCUCCUGACGGCGGCGGAUCUGAUCGAGCUUCCGGCGGGAACGGCGCUUCCGACAAUGGAGCGUGGCCGGAGCCUUGUGGUGACCAGCGCCAGCGAUGGAGGGCCGCUGGCGCCAACGAGAAUCAAUUACGUGAAGGUGAGGAGCUUUGAUCUGGUGUGCAACGAGAGGAUUGUGGUCCAUGGACUGUCCAAGCCGUUCCGCCACGUGGAACUAAUGCAUAGUGGGCUAAGCAAGUUCAAAACUUCAUUCAAGUUUACAAUCCUAAAUGCUGUAGCAUAUUAUUGA